AAGCCAAUUGACAAUCCUUCGUGGUGCCCAGGGGGCUGUUGAAGCACCGGAGACUGAGGCGGAGCAACAAUUGCAAUCAGUCUGGUCUUUGACCCUCGACAUUGAACCCACCUUGAUCGGAAAGAAUACUUCCUUUUUCGAGCUUGGCGCAGACUCCAUCGCUGCAAUGAAAACGGCCAGCGCGGCUAGAGCCAUUGGUUUGUCGUUGGGCCUGUCGGAUUUCUUCAGGUACCCAAAGCUUUCCGAUCUAGCUAAAUUUGCAUCAGAAGUAUCGACAGGAGUAUUUGAGGAGCAGGUGGCGCCAUUCUCACUUGUUCCGCUUGAUGCUGCUUUGGAGUUACGCCGGGAAGCUGCUCAGCAAUGCAACACCUCUCCCGCGGACGUCGAAGACCUCUACCCAUGCACAUCUCUGCAAGAAGGCCUGAUCUCACUGUCGUCCAAGCAUGACACCUCAGAGGCCUACAUCAGCAGGAAGGUUUUCAACCUGCCCAGCCAUAUCAACAUGUUCCAAUUCGAGGAGGCAUGGAAUAUCACGGCCCUCGCACAUCCCAUUCUCCGCACCAGACUUGUCAACACCGCGGACCAAGGGAUGCUCCAGGCUGUGGUCAGAGGCCCUUUGUCUUGGAGCUUCGGAAACGAUUUAGAUGCGUACUUGGCCGGAGACGCGCAACAGCCGAUGACCUUCGGCACGCCGCUCUGCCGAUAUGCCUUGAUCGACAUGGACUCGGGGGUGCAGAGGAGCCCAGUCUUCGCCUGGACCGUUCACCAUUCCAUUUACGACGGAAUGUCAAUGUCCAUCAUCCAAGACGCUUUCUGGAGAGCUUACAUCGGCCAGAACGUUGCCCCUUCUCCCCCUUUUGGUAAAUUCAUCAAGUUCGUCAAAAGCAUCGAUGCCAAUGCUUCCCAGACUUUCUGGAAGUCCUAUCUCGAUGGGCCAGACUUGUCAUUCUUCCCGUCGGUCCCAUCUUCCAUCUCUACGCUCAAGCCUGACUCGACCGUGGUGCGCGAUUUUCCUUGGACUUGGAAGUCGACAAAUGGUCUAAAUGCAUCUACACUCUUGAAAACGGCGUGGGCUAUAGUUGCGGGCAGGUAUUCCGGCUCUCGGGACGUCAUCUUCGGAAACACUUUGAGUGGCAGGAAUACCCCGGUUACUAUUCCCGGCCUCGAUGUUAUCACCGGCCCAACCAUCGCGACCGUUCCAGUUCGCAUUCGCUGGGAGCCGAAGAUGACAAUCAUGGAACUCCUCGAGGCCGUUCAACAUCAAGAGUCCGACAUGCGCCACUUUGAGCAAACCGGUCUACAAAAUAUCUCGCGCAUCAGCUCGGAUGCUCGAGGAGCAUGCCAGUUCUCUUGUCUCUUCUUGGUACAGCCUCCUCCAACUGCCGACCAGACUAGACUGGAAGAAGUCUUUGGAGUCGAGGAUCGCAACAAGUCAUCAGAAUAUGAUGACCAUCCUUUAUCGAUCGAGUGCGAGAUGGGUAAGCAUCAACUGCGCGUCAUUGCCACCUUCGACAGCCGUGUUCUGCAUGAGGAGCGACUAGAGCGAAUCGUCACUCUUUUCCAGCAGACGGUCUUGUACCUGAGCAGCAAUUCCCAGUCCCGGGUUUCGUCUCUGAACCUGGUCACAGAUGCAGAUGUUUAUCAGAUCCAGGAGUGGAACGCGAUACCGCCAACGGUUGUCAGGAGGCAGGCUCAUGACUUGUUUCGCCACCAAGCCAGGCUGCGUUCGUAUCACACUGCCCUUAGCUCUUGGGACGGUGUGAUGUCUUACGCUCAGCUUGACGAUGCGUCGGACCGCCUUGCAGGUCAUCUCCAUGCCCUCGGAGUUGGCCCGGAUGUCUUGGUCCCCAUCUGCUUCGAGAAGUCCAUCUGGGCUGUCGUCGCGAUGCUGGGUGUCUUGAAGGCUGGUGGCGCUUUUGCUGUCGUCGAGCCCUCCCAUCCUCUCGACAGGAAAGAAGUCAUUGUCCGGCAGCUCGGCGCCAAGGUUGCUGUCGUGGCGCCAUCCACUGAGUCACUGUUCCCAUCGGGCUGUGUUAACACUCUUGUCGUCUGUGACGCUUCCAUCUUGAAGCUACCACUCCCCAGAAGGCCCUUACCGAAUGGCAGCCCAGAAAACGCUAUGUAUGUCAUCUUCACAUCCGGAUCGACGGGCACUCCAAAGGGAUGUGUGACGGAGCAUUGGGCUUUCUGCUCCGCCAUGUUCGAGUUUGGUCGUGACAGCGGGUUGCGAUCCGACGGACAGGUUCUGCAAUUCGCUUCCUACAGCUUCGAUACCAGCUCGGAAGAGAUCUUCUGUACCCUCUUUGCAGGUGCUACCCUCCACAUUCCGUCGGAAGCAUCACGAAUCAACGACCUAGCCGGUGAGAUCCGUCGGACAAAGACCAACUGGGCCGAACUCAACCCCAAGGUUGCUUCACUUCUCACUCCUGAAGAGGUUCCAUCCCUCAAGACCAUCAUCCUUGGAGGCGAUCGAUCUCACGGAAGUGAUGUCAGCCGAUGGCCUGAGAGCACCAAUCUCCUCAACUCAUAUGGUUGUACGGAGGCAUCGGUCACAUCUACCCUUAUUCCUCUCAACCGACGCAGCAACGAGGAGCCUCCCAUCGGCAAAGGUGUGGGCUGCAACCUUUGGGUCGUUGAUCCUGACAACCAUGACAUGCUCGUUCCUGUCGGUGCGCCGGGCGAGCUUCUGAUCGAGGGGCCGGGCCUUGCUCGUGGCUAUCUCGGGGAUCCCGAGCGCACCGCGAAGUCAUUCAUCUUCGACCCGGCUUGGUCCAAUGACGGAUCGGGAAGACGACGUCGCUUCUACAAGACUGGUGAUCUUGUGCACGCCAACGACGAGGGUGCUGUUUUCUACCAUGGUCGCAAAGAUACGCAGAUCAAACUCCG